AUGGGUCAAUACGACGCACCCUCGGGCCCACCACCCAACUACACCGGCCCCGCCCACAACAGCGGCGGCGAAGCAGCAUCCUACUACGGCAACUCUUCCACUCCCGCCCCGCCCCAAAACAGCUACUAUCCACCUCAACAAGGCUACUCAUCGCCCGCGCCUGACGCAAACCGUGGCUACAUGCCUCCUCCUCAGCAGGGAUACCCACCUCAAGGAUACCCGCAGCAAGGAUACCCGCCGCAAGGACAGCCUAUGUAUUAUCAGCAACAGGGUUACCCGCCGCCGCAGGGAUAUGUGCAGCAGGGUGGUGGUAGCUCGGCAGGAGGUAUCUGCGCUGGUGUCAUGAGUGCGUUGGCGUGUUGUUGUUGUUUGGACAUUUUGUUCUAG